AUCACUGAUUCAACAUUCGCACUCACAAGAAGGAAGGCUACGAACAGGAUUUCAGAGCUUUUAUAUAGACUCUAAAAUACAUGUAAAAAAAAUCAGUUUUAGAAACUGAUCCGUUCCAUCAACUCAUUAAGUCAUUUCUAGAAAACCAUAUGUAUAUGUUGCAAACCUGUGAUAGCAGGCAGCUGUCCUGACUCCUUAUCGAGUGUGAAAUGAUGGAGUGUGUAAGCUAACGUUAGCUAUUUCUGCAGUUCUUCUUAGCUAGCGAACGAAAAAAAACAUUACAUCAUAAGGAAGUUGCAACAGUCAAACUAACAGUGGAUGGUAGCAGAUAAGCCAUUUGAACCAAACAAGGCUGCUGUGGUGUCGUGAGGAGACUGCUUUCUGCUGCACCAGCUGCAUGAGACAUGCAGAGCUCUGAGCAUCUCUAACAGGCAGCACUCUGUGGAACCAUGGACUCUUCUUCUUCUGAGUCCCAGUCCCAGGGCGACGGUGAGAAAGCUCUGCUCCAUGCAGAGAUCAGAGAGCACCCCACCACAUCAGCUGCCUUAAUUCCCAGUGAUGACCCCGUCCUAUUGACCCCAGGGAGAAUGAGCCAGCGAAGCCAGGGGAAGGAGCGAGAGAAGAGGGAGGAGAAGGAGCGAGAGAAGAGGGAGGAGAAGGAGCGAGAGAAGAGGGAGGAGAAGGAGCGAGAGAAGAGGGAGGAGAAGGAGCGAGAGAAGAGGGAGGAGAAGGAGCGAGAGAAGGAGAAGGAGCGAGAGAAGAGGGAGGAGAAGGAGCGAGAGAAGAGGGAGGAGAAGGACAGAGAGGAGAAGAAGGAGAAGGACAGAGAGGAGAAGAAGGAGAAGGAUGGGAGCCUCCACACACCUAGCAGAGAUCACCUCGCCAGCCCCUCUUCCCUCAGCCCGGGGCUCAGCUACACGCAUGGUUUCGACCGGGGAAAGAAGAUUCCCUGCCUCCGAAAGAGGACUCGUCUCACUCCAUAUCCAAGAGCAAGUCAGAGUCCAAGCUCUACAAUGGCUCCGACAAGGAUGUCUCGUCGUCCGGUAACAAGCUCACCAAGAAGGAGUCGCUCAAGGUACAGCUAG